AUGCACACUGGGGCAAAACCAUAUAAAUGUCAGAAUUGUGGGAAAGUCUUUAACAAAAGUACGACACUUAUACAACAUCAGCGAAUCCAUACUGGGGAAAAACCAUACAAGUGUAAAGAGUGUGGCAAAGCUUUUAUCCGUUGCUCAAAUCUUAGUCAACAUCAGAGAAGUCAUACUGGGCAGAAGCCUUAUACAUGCAGAAAAUGUGGGAAAGCCUUUAAGAGUUGCUCAUAUCUUACUGUGCAUCAGUGAAUUCAUACUGGGGAGAAGCCUUAUAAAUGUACAGACUGUAACAAAGCCUUUAAUCAGCCCAUCAUCAGAUAUCAACAUGAGCGAAUUCAUACAGGAGAGAAGCCUUAUAAAUGUAGAGAAUGUGGUAAAGCCUUUACUCAGGGUUCAAACCUUAACCGACAUAGGCAAAUCCAUACUGGGGAAACACCAUAUAAAUGUCAGAACUGUGGGAAAGCCUUUAACCAAAGUACAACACUUACACAACAUCAGCAAAUGCAUACCGGGGAAAAACCAUACAAGUGUAAAGAGUGUGGCAAAGCUUUUAUCAGUUGCUCAAAUCUUAAUCAACAUCAUAAAAUUCAUACUGGGGAGAAGCUAUACAAAUGUACAGAAUGUGGCAAAGCCUUUACCAGACGUUCACAUGUUACUCAACGUCAGCGAAUUCAUACAGGAGAGAAGACGUAUAAAUGUAGAGAAUGUGGCAAAGCCUUUAAUCAGACUUCAAACCUUAAUCAACAUAGGCGAAUUCAUACUGAGGAGAAACCAUACAAAUGUAAAGAAUGA